AUGGCUCCCUGCAAACCCCGUACCUUCACAGCUGGUCAAGAUCCAUUGACUAAAUUCGAUGGAGCCAUUUCGGUGCGAAAUCUACCACGACCGGCAGAUCGCUUAUUCCUUUUCCAUGGUAUUAUGCGACCCAGUCGAGGCAUCUAUGCUAAGCUGAUCGCCACUGGACAAAAGCCCCCGACACACUUCCACCCUACGCAAUGGGAGUUCUUUCGGGUCCUUCGCGGCAAUCUCACCAUCGAUAUCAAUGGGCGUCCCGUUCACCGUACUCCCGCUGAUGGUGAAAUGGCAGUAGCUCCUUAUACCCACCAUGUCAUUUAUGGGACCCCAGGAACGGAGAUGAACGAGGUGGAGUUUGAAGUGAGUGGCAGUGAUCUUGCGGUGGAGGAUGAGCAAGGGCCAGUUAUGGAUCAGUCGUUCUUUGAGAAUUGGUAUGGGUAUCAGGAAGAUGUAUUUCAACGAGGAGAGAAGCUGGACCUUAUACAGGUUCUUUCGGUAAAUACAACAUUUGAAAUGUUUGAUGCUGGAGGUACCUAUCUCUCUCCACCAUGGUGGGUAACCUUUCGGUCAUGGGUCGGGCUUUUGCUCGGAAUUAUGGUUGGUCGGUGGAUUGGUGGGCUGCUGGGAUAUGCGCCCUUCUAUCCUGAGUGGACGACUGACUGGGAGAAAGCCUGUCAGGCAAUGGAGCAAAGUUGGUUCCAUCGUCGCUUCGCAGAUCCGCACGCACAGGAACGAGCAUGUGAAAUGUUUCGUGAUCAGUUAGAAGACGAGGCGAAGGCUGCAAAGAAAUCAGACUAG